CUGAUUUGACGAAUUUCUUUUGUCACGAUAAACCUCAUCUCGCCUGCCUAUAUAAGAAAGGGAAAGUUUCCUAAGAUUCAAGCAAAAACAAAGUGUCCAGAGACUAAAAGCAGACAAGAAGAAGCAUCGUUUUCCUGUGCGUAAAACUUAAUAAAAGUGCCAAAAGAUGGAAAAGUCGGUGAGGUUCGCCGUGGUGUGCGUCGGAGUGUCUCUGCUCAUCUCCUGCCAGCCGGUCCAAGCCUGGUACAAGCAGGUGACCGGACCCAGCUACUACUCUGUGGGCCGCGCCUCCGGGCUCCUGUCCGGCAUCAGGAGGUCUCCAUAUGUCCGGAGAGCAGAGACCGAGGAAACGGUGAUGGACAGCGGGGAGGCGGCGGGGGGCAACGCGAUCCAAGACACCAACAGGCAGAUCUCCGUCCUGAAGAACAUGGCCAUCUGUCUGAAGGACAUCUCUCCAAACCUGAAGAGCUGCGAGCUGCUGCAGGAUGGGACUGGCACCUUCCAGUGCAAGGCAGAUGUCUUCCUCACUCUGGACUCCUUGGACUGCCUGUCUGCAUGAGUCCCUGUAAAUCCUCCUCAUCAUCCUCUUAAAAAAAAAAACAUUAAAAAAGAUAUAUAGAGAAAAGCAGAUAGAGAUCAAAACAGAGAUGAUGGAUAGACAGAGAUGGGUUUUGAUAACAGAGUGUGUGGCUGAAUAUUCUCUCUUUUAUUUUAAAGU